AUGGCAAUGAAGGCUAUCGUCAAGUCUGUCAUCUCGGGAGACACCCUCGUACUCCGGGGAAGCCCAGGUCCUAAUGGCCAACCUCCCAAAGAAAGGAUCCUGCACUUGACAGACAUCAUCGCGCCUCGCAUGGGUACUUCGAGUCGCGAAGACGAGCCUUGGGCCUUCGAAUCACGCGAAUUCCUCCGCUCGCAUGCCGUCGGUAAACCCGUGACCUUUAGCGUCGCGCACACCUUGCCUCCUGGCGAGGGCGACGUGCAGCGCGACAUCGGAACGGCCGAGAUCUCCGGCGUGGACGUUGCGGCCGAACUCCUCAAGGCUGGCUGGGCAAAGGUCAAAGACGCAAAGCGGGACCCUACCGACGACGACUUGCGUCGCAAGGAACUCGAGGCCGAAGCGCAGAGCGCCGGCAAGGGUGUAUGGAACCCUCACGGUCCCAAGGCCCGCACCGUCCAUUACAUGAUGCCGACCGACUCGCACGCGUUCAUCAGCGAAUGGAAAGGCAAAGAAUUGGACGCCAUCGUGGAGCAGGUCAAGGAUGGAUCAACUGUGCGGGUCAGGCUGCUCCUGCCAGACGGCGAUCACCAAUUCGCGAACAUUGCGCUCGCUGGCGUUCGCAGCCCGCGUGCGGCAGGGAAGCAGGGCGAAACGAGCGAGCAAUGGGGAGAGGAGGCGAAAUUCUUCACUGAGACGAGGCUCCUCCAACGCGGCGUCAAGGUCACGCUCCUUUCGCUCCCUAGCUCAACCGCGACGCCCUUCCAAGCAAACGGCAGCGCGCCUGCUCCCCAAACCGCCAGCAUAUUCAUCGGCCUCGUGUUGCAUCCCGCCGGCAAUGUUGCCGAGCACCUUGUCGCAUCGGGCCUUGCGCGGGUUGUCGACUGGCACGCUGGAAUGCUAUCCACCAUACCGGGUACGAUGGAGCGGCUACGCUCCGCCGAGCGUUCGGCGAAGGAAAAGCGUGCAUACUUGUACGCGUCCGCUACUGCACCUAAAACGAAUGGUGCUGGCGCGUCUACCGCGAAUGGCGCCUCGAGGGAGUUCGAUGGCUAUGUUGUCCGUGUGUGGACUGGCGACCAAAUCUCCGUAGUAGAGAGCGGACCGGGUGGCAAGGAGAGGAGAGUGCAGCUGAGCUCUGUGCGAGGCCCCAAGAUGUCAGACCCGAAGCAGGCUUACUACGCCCACGAAGCUCGCGAAUUCCUCCGUCGCAAGCUCAUCGGCAAGCACGUGAAGGCUCAUGUCGACUUCAUUAAACCGAGGGACGGCGAGUACGAAGAGCGAGAGUGCGCAACCAUCCGAUAUGGCAACAGUCACGCCAACAUUGCUGAGCAGCUGAUUGAGAAGGGCCUCGCGAGCGUCGUGCGGCACAAACGCGACGACGAGGACCGCUCGCCAGACUACGACAAGCUCAUGGCGGCCGAACAGACUGCUGCGACGGAGGGACGUGGCAUUCAUUCGGGAAAGGAGCAACCUGCGCCAAAACAGCCUCUAAACAUCUCUGAGACCCACACUCGCGCAACCCAGUUCUUGAACGGGUUCAAGCGACAGGGGAAGAUCCCCGCUGUGAUCGACUACGUGGCGUCCGGUUCGCGUUUCAAGAUACUCUUGCCGAAGGAUAACCAGGUUCUGACCCUCGUACUUGGUGGAAUCCGCGCCCCGCGGACUGCGCGUAAUCCCUCUGAAAAAUCUGAGCCGAUGGGCGCAGAGGCAGCGGACUUCGCAAACCGCCGCUUCAUGCAGCGGGACUGCGAGAUCGAGCUGGACAGCGUGGACAAGUCAGGCGGCUUCAUCGGCGCACUGUACGUCAACAAGGAGAACGCCGCAAUCAGUCUCGCCAAGGAGGGAUUGGCAAGCGUACAUGAUUACUCUGCUGAGGGGUUGAGCUGGGCACGCCAGCUUUACGACGCAGAGGCGGAGGCCAAGGCGGCGAAGCGUGGUCUAUGGAAGGACUACGACGCAGAAGCAGAACAAGCUGCUGCUGUCGCCGCCGCCGCCACUUCCGAGGACGACACGUCCGCCCUCAGAACUGAGUACAUAGAUAUUAUCGUCAGCGAUAUCAGGACUACGCCGCAGUUCGGUUUCUCCGUACAAAUACUCAACACUGAAGGCAUCGCAUCGCUGGAGAAAUUGAUGCGCGACUUCUCACUCUACCACAAGACCGCGGUCCUACCAGCUGGUUACAGUCCGAAGACCGGCGAGCUAGUUUCAGCCAAGUUCUCUGAUGGACAGUGGUACCGCGCGAAAAUCCGUCGGUCAUCGCCCGUCAAGAAGGAGGCGGAAGUUACCUUCAUCGACUACGGAAAUCAAGACACCGUCUCCUUCAAGGACAUCCGCCCCCUAGACCCGAAGUUCCGCUCAUUACCAGGGCAGGCGCAUGACGCGCGACUAAGCUUUGUCAAGCUCGUCAGCCCCGAUAGCGAAUACUACUCCGAGGCCGUGGACCGCUUCCGUCAGCUAUCCGAUGGCCGUAAGCUCAUCGCGAACAUCGACCACCGGGAAGGCCAAUUCCUCCACCUGCGCCUCAUCGACCCUCAGGACCCGCCAACUGCCAGCGAGCCCGCGAAGAGCAUCAACGCCGACCUGCUUCGCGAGGGUCUCGCGAUCGUCGACAGGAAGGGGUGCAGGUACCUCGGCGCUUAUCCCGCUCUCGUCAAAAACCUGCGGGAGAGCGUCACGCUGGCGAAGCGCGAACGCCUGGGCAUGUUUGAGUUUGGCGACGUCGAGGAAGACGAGUAG